ACGAAGACAAAAAGAGAAACGAGCUUUCAUCGUGAGUGGAAGGAAAAGACCACCCUGAAGCGAAAACUUUCUUCUCAGUCUCUCUCUCUCUCUUUCUCUUUUUAUUUCUUUCUCAGAUCCAAAAAACAAUUCGAAAUUCGCUUGCUGUUUCUCUCUCCCAGAUCUCCCAGAUAACUUAUUUGGAUCUUGGAUUCACAAUUCGGACUAUCCACUUUUCCCUCUUCCAGAAGUCCGAGAUCAACUGCGAUUUGAUCGUUGUUUUGUGUUUAACGCUCUCGUUCUGUUCUUUUUCCCUAUUCGGAUCUGAUUCGAGCUUUUGCUGAACUUCAUCACGGACCCAAUCAUGAAUCCCUUCUCGUCUGGUACCCGUUUGAGGGAUAUGAUUCGGGCUAUACGUGCUUGCAAAACUGCAGCAGAGGAACGUGCUGUUGUUAGAAAAGAGUGUGCGGCUAUUCGUGCUGCUAUUAAUGAAAACGAUCAAGAUUAUAGGCAUCGUAACCUGGCUAAGCUCAUGUUUAUCCACAUGCUUGGUUACCCCACACAUUUUGGUCAAAUGGAGUGUCUGAAGUUGAUUGCAUCUGCUGGUUUUCCUGAGAAGAGAAUAGGGUAUCUUGGCCUGAUGUUGCUUCUUGAUGAAAGACAGGAAGUUCUUAUGUUGGUUACAAACUCGUUAAAACAAGAUCUCAACCACACAAACCAGUAUAUUGUGGGACUUGCUCUUUGUGCUUUAGGCAAUAUUUGUUCAGCAGAAAUGGCUCGUGAUCUUGCACCGGAAGUAGAAAGAUUGCUGCAAUUUCGAGAUCCAAAUAUCCGGAAAAAAGCAGCAUUGUGCUCUAUACGGAUUAUAAAGAAAGUCCCUGACUUGGCAGAAAACUUCAUAAAUCCCACUGCUUCAUUACUUAAAGAAAAGCAUCAUGGAGUGUUGAUCACAGGUGUUCAACUUUGUACAGAUCUAUGCAAAGUCAGUCCAGAAGCCCUUGAGUUUUUUAGAAAUAAAUGCACUGAUGGUUUGGUCAAAACUCUUAGGGAUAUGGUGAACAGUCCUUAUGCUCCUGAAUACGAUAUUGCUGGCAUCACAGACCCCUUCCUUCAUAUAAGAUUGCUAAGGCUUUUGCGUGUUUUGGGCCAAGGUGAUGCAGAUGCUAGUGAUAGCAUGAAUGACAUACUUGCCCAGGUGGCAACCAAAACAGAGUCGAACAAAAAUGCAGGGAAUGCAAUUCUUUAUGAAUGUGUAGAAACAAUCAUGAGCAUUGAAGAUAAUGGUGGCUUGCGUGUGCUGGCUAUCAAUAUCUUGGGAAGGUUCUUAUCAAACCGUGACAACAACAUCAGAUAUGUUGCAUUAAACAUGCUGAUGAAGGCUAUCACAGUAGAUACUCAAGCAGUGCAGAGACAUCGAGCAACAAUUUUGGAAUGUGUAAAGGAUUCAGAUGCUUCAAUUCGGAAAAGGGCUCUUGAACUUGUUUAUCUUCUUGUGAAUGAGAGCAAUGUGAAGCCUCUAACAAAAGAGCUAGUUGAUUAUUUGGAAGUAAGUGAUCAAGAAUUUAAAGGAGAUCUUACAGCAAAGAUUUGCUCCAUUGUAUCAAAGUUUUCCCCUGAGAAAAUUUGGUACAUUGAUCAGAUGCUUAAGGUUCUUUCUGAGGCAGGAAAUUUUGUGAAAGAUGAAGUAUGGCAUGCCCUUGUUGUUGUGAUAAGCAAUGCUUCCGAUCUUCAUGGAUAUACAGUUAGGGCAUUAUACAGAGCAUUCCAAACCUCAGCUGAACAGGAAUGCCUUGUUCGAGUGGCAGUUUGGUGUAUUGGUGAAUAUGGUGAUUUGUUGGUAAACAAUGUUGGCAUGCUCGAUAUAGAGGAUCCAAUAACAGUGACGGAAUCUGAUGCUGUGGAUGUCAUUGAGAUCGCAAUUAAGAGCCAUACAUCUGAUCUCACUACCAAAGCAAUGGCUUUUGUUGCUCUGCUAAAGCUUUCUUCACGGUUCCCAUCUUGUUCAGAGAGGAUUAAAGAUAUAAUUGUUCAUUACAAAGGAAGCCUUGUGCUUGAAUUGCAGCAGAGAGCCAUUGAAUUCAAUUCUAUUAUAAUGAAACAUCAGAACAUCAGGUCUGCACUAGUUGAAAGGAUGCCUGUUUUGGAUGAGGCAACUUUUAUUGGAAAGAGGGCUGGUUCUAUACCGGCUACUGUUUCAACUCCUACUGCGGGGUCAAUCAAUAUGCCAAAUGGAAUUGCCAAACCUUCUGCAGCUCCUCUUGUAGACUUGCUUGAUCUAAGUUCAGAUGAUGCCCCAGCACCUAGCUCUUCUGGUGGUGAUUUUCUUCAGGAUCUUCUUGGUGUUGAUUUGCUAUCAUCUUCAAAAACAUCUGGUGUAAAUGCUGUUUCACAAAAUGGCACCGAUGCCCUCCUUGAUCUAUUGUCUAUUGGUUCACCUCCUGUACAGAGCAGCCCAUCAGCUCAUGAUAUUUUGUCAGCUAGUCAAGAUAACAAAACAUCAGUUUCACCAUUAGAUGGACUUUCAUCUCCUUCAUAUCCCAAUCAAUCCACUUCUGCUGGAGUUACUCCUGUGAUGGAUUUGUUGGGUGGCUUUGCUGCUGAUCCACCAAAACCUGAAGACAAUGGCUCCGCAUAUCCAUCUCUAGUAGCUUUUGAGAGCAGUUCCUUGAAGAUUGUGUUCAACUUUUCAAAGCCACCUGGCAACCCCCAAACAACAUUGGUCCAGGCGGAAUUUACGAAUUUGUCAUCUGAUAACUACACAGAUUUCGUUUUUCAGGCAGCAGUUCCAAAGUUUCUCCAAUUGCAUUUAGAUCCAGCUAGCAGCAAUACCCUGCCUGCAAGUGGUAAUGGGGUUGUCACGCAAAGUUUGAAAGUUACUAACAGUCAACAUGGAAAGAAAUCUCUUGUCAUGCGCAUAAGGAUAGCUUACAAGAUUAACAACAAAGAUGUUUUAGAGGAAGGACAAGUCAACAAUUUUCCACGUGGUUUGUGAGGUUUGAGGUCUUCAUCGACGAUAAAGACGAUGGUUCUUUCUUCUCACACUGGCGGCUGACAUGUGAUCUUUUGAUUAGUCGAGCCGGGUGGUGCAUUUUGUAGAAACUUGGGGCUCAUUUUGCUCUAGAGUAUGGGAUCUUUCCAAUGGCUUCUCACCUUCCCACACUUCUGCCCGCAUUUUAUUUUAUUUUAUUUUACUUUUUGUUUUUCUUCCUCUUUUAGGUGAGUGAUGUACAUUACUACAAAUUAUUGCUGUACGGAAUUUUGGGGAAUUUGAAUUUUGGCCAAAAGGAAUAGAGCUCAUGUGUUAUAUGAAGAACUUUGAGGUCCUGCUUUCUGUUUUCUAGUUUGGAUUUGCUCUCUAGCCUUAUUGCUUGUGUUCGUCCAAGUUGGAUUCAAAUCGUAUUGGAAAUCAGUCAUAUAGUAUAUUCAAUUUUAUUUCAUGUAACAUUUUCUCCUCCUCAAUGUUAAUGAAAUGUAAGGUUAUAUUAUUAAUUUUUUCA